AUGCAAAACAACGAUUUCGUGGACCUGUACGCACCGCACAACCGCAUCAUCGGCGCCAAGGACCACGUGUCCGUCCAGACGAAUUUGGCCGAGGUUGACAAGCUAACAGCCAGGUUCAAUGGCCAGUUUAAAACCUACUCUAUCUGCAGGGCCAUUCACAGGAUGGAUGAGCCAGAAGACUCCAUUCUCCAACUGGCCAAAGCGGACGGCAUCUCUCAAAGAACUUCUGACUGGAGAGGAUCACGGAUGUGGAAUAUUUGUCAUAAAUAA